GCCGUCGUCACGGUAUCGUCGACCACCUCUCGAGCAGCCAUGGUCCCUCCGCUGCCCAUAGAGCUCACUGACUAUAUCAUCGACUACCUGCAUCAAUACGUCCAUUCCGAGUCGCUCGGCGCAUGCGCUCUUACAUGCAGCGCUUGGUUGCCCGCGGCUCGCUACCACCGGUUUCGGUCGCUCACCAUCAAGUCCAAUGACGACCUCGAAGAAUUCGCAGCACUCGUAGCUUCGUCGCCCGCAAUAGGUCCUAUCGUCCACAAAUUGCGAGCACACCGGCCCACUCCCGAGUGCCUCUUAUCCAUCUUGCCUUCACUUCCAUCACUCACGGAGCUUGAACUGUAUGACGGCAAGUUCACCCGGGGCGACCUCAAAUGCAUCGCCACUAAAUUUACUACUGUGCGGGAUCUGUACUUGGAGGCCUGCGUACUUCCCUCAUUGGACGUGCUAGCGGAUCUGCUCGUGUUCUUUCCUGGGCUCGAAAGCUUGGCAAUAUCUCAGCUCCUUCUGAGUCCCAUUCCAUACAAUGCCGCGCACCCUGCUGUUGGGCUUCCGAGUCUGGCCCGUCUACAGACUGUCUCAAUAAAUGCCGGUUUUGCACCACGCGAUGACGAGCUGGAGAGACUCUAUAGCUGGCUUAUCGACACAUUAAGCCCCGACCAACUCGAGACGCUCGAGAUUAUUCGUUACCACGACCCGAGGCCUCUUCAGCCCUUGUUCGACGCCUUUGGCUCGCAGGGCAUAAGGCACCUGUUCUUGGAACUGACCUAUAUCAACGACAAGGCUAUGCGGACUCUAUUCACGCUGAAGCCCUGCGUCAACUUGCAAACGAUAUCGAUUACGCUCGGAACCCCUGAGCCCCCGGGACCGACGGUGGACCUGACAUGGAUCAAUGUGCUUAUAUCCCAGCUCAACUCUGCUUUCCUCGAGAUGAUCACUCUCUCGAUCAACGGUCGUCGAAUCUUGAAGGAGGGUGACUGGAAGUUUGACAGUAUCCGGGCGCUGGAUUGGAAAAGCAUCAACCACACGCUCCAGCAGCCUAUCCUCAAAAAUCUGCGAAAAUUCGAGAUACAUGGCCGAGGUCCUGAAGAGCCACUCCAGGAGUGUUUGGAGCAGAGCUGCCCCGGUGCUUACAAAAGAGGGUUGUUUCGAAUGAUCGUAAGAGACUAUUGAGACGUCUUGAUCAACCACUGGUAUUUUUAUCCAGUCUGAAUCAAUUAUGAGUCUUGCCAACGCUCGAGAUAGUGAUGCGUUCAAUAUGCAUGUGCAGCAUGUCCUUCUGUCUAAGUGGUC